AUGUAUGAUCCUCAUACUAGAGAAUCACGUGGAUUCGGUUUUGUUGCAAUGGAGACAUCUGAAGAAGCUGAUUCAGCAAAAGAAGCCGUUAAUGGUAGAGAAUUUCAAGAACCACGCCGGGUUGAUAGAUUUGAUCCAAGAUAUGAUUAUACUAGAUCUUAUGAUAGAUAUGAUAGGCCACCAAGGAAUUAUGGGCGUGAACCCUAUUAUGAUCGUGGAUAUGAUAGGUCUUACUAUGAUAGAGGUUAUGAAAGAGGAGGAGGAUACGAAAGAAAUUAUGAUAGAGCCUAUGAAAGAGGAUAUGAUCGAGAUCGACGACCACAACCCCCUGCAAGAUAUGACCCUUAUCAAAGACCUCGUUCACCAUACUAG